AUGCGGUACGAAGCUAAGAUGAUGCCGAUGUUCCUGACCGUGUACCUCAGCAACAAUGACCAGCACUUCACUGAGGUCCCCGUCACCCCGGAGACGCUGUGCCGGGACGUGGUGGAGCUGUGUAAAGAGCCGGGGGAGAUGGACUGCCACCUGGCCGAGGUGUGGCGAGGCUCUGAGCGUGCGGUGGGAGAUGGAGAGAGGAUGCUGGACGUACUGCAGCGGUGGGGCCAGCACAGAUCCGAAGUGCGCUUCUUCCUACGCCACAACCGGGCCCCCAGCCGCGAGUCGGGCGGUUCCAGAGGUUCAGAGCCCAAAAGGAAUGGAGUAAAAGGGCCACCUGACAGAAGGAUGGAGAACGGGAUUGGCACGCCUCGGAUGGACAUGACAUUGGCUGAACUGCAGGAAAUGGCGGCACGGCAGCAGCAGCAGAUCGAAUCCCAACAGCAACUGCUAGCAUCUAAGGAGCAGCGUCUGCGGUACCUGAAGCAGCAGGAGCAGAGGCAGCAGCAGCAGGCGUCUGAGCAGGAGAAGCUGCAGCGCCUUCGCGAGAACAUAGACAACCAGGAGAGCCGCCUCAAGAAGGUCCGGGCCCUCAAGGGACAGGUGGAGCAGAAGCGCCUCAGCAAUGGCAAGCUGGUGGAGGAGAUCGAGCAGAUGAACAGUCUGUUCCAGCAGAAACAAAGGGAGCUUGUGCUCGCUGCCACCAAGGUGGACGAGUUGAGCCGCCAGCUGCAGCUCCUCAAAAGUGGCAAGAUGGAGGGUUUCCAUGACAGCCAGUCGUCUGUGGCCGAGCUGGACCGCCUCUACAAGGAGCUGCAGCUGAGAAACAAACUGAACCAGGAGCAGAACUCUAAGCUGCAGCAGCAGAGGGACAGUCUGAACAAACGGAACCUGGAGGUGGCGGCCAUGGACAAGCGGAUCACCGAGCUCCGGGAUCGACUGUACAAGAAGAAGGCUGCGCUGCAACAGAAGGAGAACGUUCCGCCUCAGAAGAGCGUCAGCACAGACCUGCCACACUCCAAUAAUGGCUUCCCUGGUAGAGAGAGGGCAGCAAAAGACAUUCAUCUGCAGUUGCCGUCUGAAGGCCAGAACCCGCAGCAGUCCGGCCCCUCUCGUGUGGCUGCCGUGGGGCCCUACAUCCAGUCCUCCACCAUGCCCCGUGGACCGUCCAGGAGCGACCUGCUGGUGAAGCCCGCCUACCCUGACGGGACGGCCACACUGCCCACACACGAGCCCCAGGGAAAGGCUGCCACCGGAUCAUCAAAGCACGGAGAGUGGAGUCCCUCUGGUCCCGAUGCAAACUCCAUCAGCAGCCGUGGCUCUGCGUCCACACUGCCCCGAAUGCCCUCACACAGCACCCCCACACCAGACCUGGAUGACCCAGAGCUGAAGAGGGACAAAAAGGCCCGGCCAGCUUCCAUGUUUGAGCCCACAGACUUCCAGGCCAACGCCCUCCGCAAGAACCAGAGCAGCGACGACCUGGUCCGGGACGCACAGUCCGCCUCCAAACCGGUCAAGGUGCCUCCUCCGGUCCCUACGAAACCCAAGGGCCCUGCUGUCCUCCCAUAUGGCAAAGCGGCCCUGCACACCGGCACCUUCCCCAAAACCAAGCAGCCACAGCCAGGCCCCGGCCGCUCCCCUCUGCCCCCGUCCCAGAGCCAGACCCUGCCCCUGCCCUCCAAACAGGAGCUUCCCCCCGCCGCCACGGUCAGGCCCUUCACUCCGGAGCUCCCCAAGGACCGGAUGGGCAAACCAAAGACCCUGGACGCCAACUCCAUCUACUCCAUGUACACGCAGCAGUCCGGCAUCCAGGGGGCGCUGAGCCGGGCACAAGGCCGCACCAAUGGCUUCACCAGCGUGUACGGCAAACCGGUCUUCUCGGGCUCCCAGUACCCGGAGAACCCAUACCUGGACCGCCGCUCUCCCACUGAGAACGAGGUGGACCACAACAGCAUCCCCACGCCCGCACAGACACCUGCCCACCCCGAGACUGAGCGCAUACCCCGGCCCCUCAGCCCCACCAAGCUGCUCCCCUUCAUCUCCAACCCGUACCGCCACCAGAGCGACGGCGACCUGGAGGCGCUGAGGAAGAAGCUCUACAACGCUCCCAGACCGCUGAAGAAACGCAGCUCCAUCACAGAACCCGAGGGACCAGCCGGGCCAAACAUCCAGAAACUGCUCUAUCAGAAAACCACUCUGGCUGCCAUGGAGACGACAGUCACUCCGACCACCCCGGCCUUCGCUAUGGAGCCGGAGAAGAUGCCGGAAAGCGCUCCCGUCCCUGUCAACGGGGAGGACGACAGCCACCCAAAACACGUCGAAGAAGCCCCGCCCACUGAGCCGGCUCGCCCAGAACCGGUCACCACGCCGUCGAUAGUUAUUGGCAGAGGAGGUGAAGAAAUCAUCCCUCCGCCCCCGCCCAGCCACCCAGCGCCACGGCCAGAGCAUGUGGCCUUCCCCCCACCGCCUCCGCCCUCCUCUGCCGGGGAGGAGAUCCACGUGCAGGUGCCCAGUAUGCCCCCUCCUCCCCCACCUCCAGAGGGCUUCCUGGAGGAGUUCCCACCCUACCCGCCCCCUCCCUAUCCCAGCGGGGCGGAACAGGACAGCCAGAGCGAGGAGAGCAUGAAAGCCCCGGAAGUCACGGGACAAGUCACUCUGCCACCGGGUAAAAGGACCAACCUUCGCAAACUGGGCUCCGAGCGCAUCGACCACAGCAUGAGGGUCAAGUUCAACCCGCUGGCUCUGCUGCUGGACUCUUCGCUGGAGGGAGAGUUUGACCUGGUCCAGAGAAUCAUCUACGAAGUGGAAGACCCCAGCCUGCCCAACGACGAGGGCAUCACUGCUCUGCACAAUGCGGUCUGCGCCGGUCACACAGAGAUCGUCAAGUUCCUGGUCCAGUUCGGGGUCAACGUUAAUGCGGCCGACAGCGACGGAUGGACGCCGCUGCACUGCGCCGCCUCCUGUAAUAACGUGCAGGUGUGUAAGUUCCUGGUGGAGUCUGGCGCCGCCGUGUUCGCCAUGACCUACAGCGACAUGCAGACGGCGGCCGAUAAGUGUGAGGAGAUGGAGGAGGGCUACACCCAGUGCUCCCAGUUUCUCUACGGCGUGCAGGAGAAGAUGGGCAUCAUGAACCGGGGCGUGGUGUACGGCCUGUGGGACUACAGCGGCGAGAACACAGACGAGCUGCUGUUCAGAGAGGGAGACUGCAUGACCAUCCUGCGGAGGGAGGACGAGGAGGAGAUCGAGUGGUGGUGGGCGCGCACGGGCGACAACGAGGGCUACAUUCCACGCAACCUGCUGGGGCUCUACCCCAGGAUAAAACCAAGACAGCGGAGCCUGGCCUGA